AUGCUGCUUCAAGGGCCUGCUCUGUUUUACUUGUUCAUGAUAUUUAUCACGGUAUGCAUAAGUGAACCAUUCACAAGUGCACACUUAACCAGUACAGAAGUUGGCCUACCGGCGCAUCAAACGACGCAAGCGACCCGAACGAACUCGACUGUGUACGCGUGGAGUGCGUGGGGCGCGUGGAGUGCGUGCUCGCGCUCGUGUGGCGGCGGGGUCGCAGUGCAGGAGCGCCAGUGUCUCCCCCGGGACCCCACCAGAUGGCGUCGCAGUAGAAAGAGAAGAAAGCUUGCUAGAAGCGUGGGGCAUGCGCGUCGAACGAGGAACAUCGUCACUCGCCCUGAACCAAACUGCCCAGGCCUUGGGCGCCGCUACCACGAGUGCAAUACGGCGGCUUGUCCAGGGCCGAGGCGUGACACCCGCGCCGAGCAGUGUGCGGUGUAUGACCGCAGGCCGUUCCGAGGACGCUUCUACACCUGGGUGCCGUACGUUGACGGUAACGCCCCUUGCGUAUUGAACUGCAGACCUCGUGGUCAACAGUUCUACGCAUCUCUAGCGCUCGUAGCUGAUGGUACGCCAUGCACCAAGCCUGGGUUUCGUGCCAUCUGCGUACAAGGAAGCUGUAAGGUUACCUCCUUCUUAAAGACUGGCAACGCAACUGCCACCCCUCAGAUACAUCCAUGGGCGGCGGCAAUCACA